UGUCCUUCCUUUACACGCGUGUGGUGGUUGUAGAUGGCUUCACGUAAAGAUUCUGGUUCAGUAGCUAGCGCCGUAAUGGCUUCUACGGGCGGCACUUUGGACUCUCCUGUCAAACAGAUCCAAAUUGAAGGACUGGUGGUGCUGAAGAUUAUCAAGCACUACCAGGAAGAGGGCCAGGGCAGUGAGGUGGUUCAGGGCGUCCUGCUGGGCCUGGUAGUCGACGACCGGCUGGAGAUCACCAACUGCUUCCCCUUUCCCCAGCACACUGAGGAUGAUGCAGACUUCGAUGAAGUCCAGUACCAGAUGGAGAUGAUGCGUUCUCUGCGUCACGUCAACAUUGACCAUCUGCAUGUGGGCUGGUACCAGUCCACCUUCUAUGGCUCCUUUGUCAGCCGAGCGCUGCUUGACUCCCAGUUCAGCUACCAGCACGCCAUUGAAGAGUCAGUUGUGCUCAUCUAUGGGCCUAUAAAGACAGCCCAAGGCUCCCUGUCCCUCAAGGCUUACAGGCUUACUCCAAAACUCAUGGAGAUCUGCAAAGAGAAAGAUUUCACACCUGAGGGCUUGAAGAAGGCAAACAUCGGCUUCGAGCAUAUGUUCGAGGAGGUGCCCAUUAUCAUUAAGAAUUCCCACCUCAUCAACGUACUGAUGUGGGAGCUGGAGGACAAGUCCACCGUCGCAGACAAGCACGAAUUGCUCAACCUCUCAAGCAGCAACCACUUGGAGAAAAGCCUUCAGCUUCUGAUGGACAGAGUGGAUGACAUGAGCCAAGACAUUGUCAAAUACAACACCUACAGCCGCAACCUGAGUAAGCAGCAGCAGCAGAAGCACCAGUACCUCCAGAGGCGGCAGCAGGAGAACGCCCAGCGACAGAGCAGAGGGGAGCCCCCGCUGCCUGAGGAGGACAUCAACAAAAUGUUCAAGCCCCCCCAGCCUCCACCACGCAUGGACACACUGCUUAUUGCAGGGCAAAUUAACAACUACUGCCAGAAUGUGAAGGAGUUCACCUCGCAGAACCUCGGGAAGCUGUUCAUGGCCGAGGCUCUCCAAGGCCACAACUAGAGGAGAGGUGACAGGGUGAAGAAUCUGUGAGAGCGGGAAAGAGAGUACACAGGGGGGUAACAAACGAGAGAUGCAAAACCACUGGGCCAGUUUGUUUUCUAAGAAUUUAUUCCUUGUUUCUAUGCCUGACCCAUUCUUGGAUACAAAAUUGUCUUUGAAGAUCUCUUGAUUUUGAUUGAAAUAAAAGUCUUGCAUCUCUACAUCUUC